AUGGGCUCUCAGGCUGCUGCGCCGCCGCCAUGGCUGUCCUCCUUGCUCGCAGCCAACAAUCCCGCCCCGAAACUAUACGCGUGGACACCGGCCACCCUGGGGCUCUCUCCCUCUACAACAUCCUCAUCUACGCGGCGGCCAGCUGGCCCCGACGACGCCUCUCGCCGUUUAUACAUCCUCGGCCUCGGGAAUCUCGGCCGUCUGUAUGCCCUGUACAUUCGCUCGCGGGCCGACCCGCCGCCCAUCACGCUCGUCGUGCACCGCAAGGAGCUCCUCACGCAGUGGCACGCGAGCGACGGCAUCGAGAUCACCACGCACGAGGGCCAGGUCCACACCUCCAAGGACUUUGACGUGGAGUGGUGGACGGAAGAAGCGCCGUCUGAGACAGCAGCAGCAGCCGCCGCCGCGGCGCCGAUCCGCGAGGCCGCCGACGGCGGCAAAAUCCACAACCUCCUCGUCACCACCAAGGCGCAGGCCGCGCUGCCCGAGGUCGACCGCAUGCGCCGAUACCUCGGCGCCCAGACCGCCGUGGCCUUUGCCCAGAACGGCGUGUCUCGGCUGUGGCCGCCUCACGGCGCCGCCUACAUGGCCGUGCGCUUCCCCGCCGGCGACGCCUUCCACCCGCUCCUCUGCGUCACCAACCACGGACUGUACGCCACCGGCGCGCCCUUCUCCAGCGUCUUCGCCGCGCCCGCCGACGCCUACCUCGGCCCCGUGGCGCUGCCAGACGCGCCGCCGCCGCCGCCAAGCGCCGCGUACCUCACCGCCCAAAUCACCGACACCCCGGUCCUCGCCGCCGCGGCCUUUAGCAGCCUCGACGUCUGGGCGCUGCAGCUCGAGAAGCUCGUCGUCAACACGUGCAUCAACCCGCUGACCGCUGUCCUGCGCUGCAAGACCGGCGUGCUCUUCGCCGAUCCGGGCGGGGUUCCCGCGCGCGUCAUGGACCGCAUGCUGGCCGCGACCAGCCGUGUCCUUCAGGGCCUCGUCGCCGAUGCCAGCAGCGCGCCGAUCCUCGCGACCGACACGCGCGGGCGCGUGCCCAAGGCGCUGCGCGCGGAGCUCGCCGCGCGCUUCGCGCAGCCCCGCCUGCGGGAGAUGCUGCACCGCGCCGGCCGCCGCGUCGGCGCCAACAAGAGCUCCAUGCUGCAGGACGUCGAGGCCGGCAAGCCCACUACCGAGGUGCGCGACUUCAAUGGCUGGAUCGUCGACGCGGCCGCGCACCUCGGCGAUGGCGUCGACGUCGAGGUCCACCGCCAAGUCAUUGACUUAGUCGAGCGCCGCAUGGUCAUGACCGAAGAGCAGCUCGCGGCGCACCUUUUGCCUUUGUAG